UUUGCCUGAGGCGAGCGUUCAACGCACGACUCAUUGUCUAUGGAAACGAAUUCGAAAAUCGAACCAUUAAAUCGAACGUUUAGAAAUUGUUUUUCAUCUUUAUUUCAUUUAACUAAUUUAAAAAAAAUAGUAGUCGUUAAAGUUAAAAUUUAAAAAUGGAACGGUUUUUUCUUGUGUUCAAAAAUAAACUCAAGUUCAGUGCAUAGUUUAUCAGGAGAGUGCCUAAUAAUAUGUAAAUAAAACAACAAUGACGUCACACGCGCUAAAAGUGGACAACUGGUCGCACUGCACUACACCCUCAGAUCGAAACGGUCCACAGCUGGUAUCAGUGAAGGUUGGAUGCUUCCACAUCAACCCUGCUUCUAUACGCGGUCGACGUCUGUUCCUAUUGCAAAUGGUGGUGCUAUGCUUCGUGCCACAUGUGGCGCUGAUCCUGCAGAACUGCUCCAUCAUGGCUCAGCUGUCACAGACCUUCGACUCCUCACUGUAUCUGGACAACGAGGUAAACAGAACCCUGUCCCUGGGAGAGAUGGUCCUCGCGAUAGAAGACGAGCGCGUGUACGUCUCCCGGUAUCUCUUCGCCGACAUGUCCACAGAUGACCUGAACAUAGGUACGCUGGAGCGGGUAUUCGUCGUAACGGACCGGUGGCUGGGCGACGAGCAAUCGCCCGUGCCAGAUCGACUGAAAAUGUCAUUAUACGAUUUUCGGGAGGAAGUGUUGCAUACAUUAAUAAAAGCUAAAGAGUCACUGAAGAGGAUAUCCAUCUACCAGCAGAUUAAUGCUAUAUUACUCAAUUACAUGAUGAAGAAUGUUAAAUCUACGAAAUCACCGUUAUGGAGAAAAUUUUUAGCGUGCUAUGAACUAGUAAAAACAAUGGACGAGCUGUCAAUAACGAUAGCGCUAGUGAAGUCAGUAGAUUUGAAGUUACAAGUCCUGACCCCCUUGCAGCAGCAUAUGGGGUCAGUCCUGGAGCACAUGCAGUCCACUCUUCAGUACCUGGAGGUUGAAGGAGUUGACGAUGCCGUAGUAUUGAGGGAGAUCUUUGAUUUCUACAAAGCAUCUGAUUUAAUGACAUCGAAAGCAAGUGAAAUUAAUACUAAUAAGUCAAUGGAAGUGUCGACUAAUUACAUAAGAGAUACGAACUAUUAUUUAGACAAAAUGAAAGACGUACAAAUACGCAUAUGGCAUAUUGUAAGGGAAUCCGCAAGUUCGGAAGUAUGGGCUGCGAGGCGGACCCUUGGUUUGGGAGUGGGAGUUCUCUGUGUGGUGCUGUUGGCUUCACCCAUACUGAUGCUGCUACUGCGGCAUACAGUAUAUACUUUACAGAUAUUUACAGAAUCUAUCGAGCAUAGCACCCAACAGCUAAUGGCGGAGAAGCAGAAGAGUGACCUCCUGCUGUCCCGCAUGCUGCCCAUGCCCGUGCUGCGGCGGCUGCGGGCGCAGAGGGCGGUGCCGGCGGAGGCCUUCGACGCGGUCACGAUAUACUUCAGCGACAUAGUCGGCUUCACCAACAUAGCCGCGAACAGCACUCCCAUGGAGAUCAUCAAUAUGCUUAACAUGCUUUACAGGAUGUUCGACGAUAAGAUAAUGCAGUACAACGUGUACAAAGUGGAGACGAUCGGCGACGCCUACAUGGUGGUUUCAGGAUUACCCCAGAGGAAUGGUAACCGCCACGUCUCUGAAAUAGCGGAUAUGGCCCUAUCUCUGAUGCGCAGCGUGAAGGACGCUUGCGUACCGCACCGGCCGGAUGAGCCGCUCCGUAUACGUGCCGGUAUCAACACGGGCUCUUGCGUGGCUGGUGUCGUUGGUGCUACUAUGCCGCGGUAUUGUCUCUUCGGGGAUACUAUUAAUACCGCAAGUCGAAUGGAGAGUACUGGAGAAGCGAUGAAAAUACACAUAUCGCAGAGCACAAAGGAGGCCCUGGAGAAGAUGGGCAAAUACAUAAUGGAGUCGAGGGGCAUCGUCGAAGUGCCGGGUAAGGGCGAGAUGGAGACGUUUUGGCUCGUAGGCAAAGUGGGCCCGGCUCACUUGGAGAGCCCACGUCCUAUUCGUCUUCAAGACUACGACCAGAAUGUUCUAGAAAUGCUCAUCAAAUAAAUUUGCUCACUUCUUUGUAUAGUUUGUAAGUAAUGUUGAUUAAUGUGUAGGUAGGUAGUUCAAUAAAUAGUA